GAAUUUUGCAAUUAAAAGAACGCGGCGGGAUUAGAUGUUUCGUACAACCUGACUUAAUUUUACAAUAAUUUAAUUAUUGUUAAAGAAAAAGACUUGAGUGUGCAUUAAAAAGAGAAAAAUUUUACCGCUCUCUCAAUAAAAGAAGUCAAAAGUUCACAGAUAGUGGCAAAAAGUUAAAUUUUCAAUAUGAAUCCCUUAACGAACAUGAAAAAUGUCACCAAACUAAGCGAAUAUGAGCUCAACAAUGCUUCAGGCAAGGCAUCCUGGCAUGACAUGUACAAGGACUCGGCAUGGAUUUUUGUUGGUGGCUUUCCUUACACCUUGACAGAAGGUGAUCUACUUUGUGUCUUCUCUCAGUAUGGGGAAAUUGUCAACAUUCACUUGGUGCGAGACAAAGAGUCGGGCAAAUCGAAAGGCUUUUGUUUUAUAUGUUACGAAGAUCGACGCUCCACUGUUUUGGCAGUGGAUAAUCUGAAUGGCAUCAAAUUGUUAAAUCGUUCCAUAAGAGUGGAUCAUGUUACGGAUUAUAAACCACCUAAGGACGGGGAUAAUGGUGAUGGUUCUUUGGAAAGUUGUGCACCCUUACCACAAAUCAAUGUGGCCAAUAUAAAACCGGAAAAGGAGAAAAAAUCCUUGGAAUCGGAAUAUUCUUCAAAGGAGAAGAAAAGAAUGAAAAGAGAAAAUUAAUUAAUCUUAAAUAUGUAAUACUAAUUUUUUUAUUCCCAUUUAAUAUUUUAUAUAUAAAAUUAUUUUUUCAAAAUUAUAAAUAUAAAGCUCAUGAAUUGUGGCCAAAUA